GAAAUACGUAGCGUGGCGCUGCUGUCGUUGCGCGUUUCAUUGCGUUCAUUCUUCCCGUUUCCGUUUCCGAGACGUUGUGUACGAUUCCUUGAGAUAGGACCAAAUAAAUCCAAAAAAUGGCCAAGUCGAAGAAUCACACGAAUCACAAUCAAAACCGCAAAGCACAUCGUAAUGGCAUUAAGAAGCCCAAGAAGUACAGGCACGAGUCCACGCUUGGUAUGGAUUUGAAAUUCCUGAGGAAUCAACGCUUCGCUAAGAAACAUAACCUCAAACCGAAGGCUCAGCUGAAGAGGGCUGCGCAACGAAAAGCUCUUCGUGAAGCUAAGAAUAAUAAAUAAACUUACUGUGAAUUAAUGAUUUUAUUACAAUAAACCUAAAAACCAUA